AUGUUGGGUAAUACUGUCUAUUCACAUAUAUUAGAAUUAAUCGAAAAGAAAUUGUUUAAUCUUGAAUUUUAUCGUGUCCAAAUGCCGAAAGGUCAUAAGAAAGCAAUUGAAGAUGCUUUUGACUUAUUACCAAACUUUCAAUCACUACCUUCGAAUGAAAAAACCCAUUGGCAAACGAUUAUGAAAGCAAAAUAUAGAUGGUUUCAACCGGAUAAAAUUCUUCUUCGCAAAAGUCAAAGAGUAUUCACUGCUUAUCUUAUUGUUCGAGGUAUUGUUGAAUGUAAAAUGGAUACAAUGCCCAUCUAUUAUCGAUCGGGCAAUAUUGUAGGUAUCGAUGCCUUAUUUUCACAAAAUGUUACAGAACAUGGGACUUAUUUUGUCAGUGGAGGACUUUUGGAAGCCUAUAGUAUCGAUGCUGGAUUAUUAGAUCAGUUUUUAAAUGAUGGAAAUUUAGCUCCUUCCAUCUAUCGAGAAAUUGCCCUACAUUUAUUAAGUAAUAAGUAUCAAGCAGGUUUGAAACUGAAUCGUUUACAAUUAAGAUUACUUGUGCAUGAACGAGCGAAAUUCUAUUGGAAACAAUCGGAAAUAUCGAUUCAAUUGAAAGAAAAUCAACGAUUAUUUAUUCUUGCUGGCAAUGUUAUUCAUUUAUAG